AUGCAUAUUCUGGUUGUGAACGACGACGGCCCUCCGUCAAAUCAGUCGUCUCCUUAUGUCCACUCUCUUGUCGUUGCGCUACAGUCGGCAGGCCAUGUGGUCUCCGUAGUCCUCCCACAUCAGCAACGAUCAUGGAUCGGUAAAGCCCACCUAAUCGGCGCUGCCGUGAAGCCUACCUAUUUCCGUCCUGGAACGCUGCAUCAAGACGAUGGAACGACGCACGACCUGCCUCGGGGAAGUGACCCUGCUGACGAUGAAGACGACGAUGGUGAUGAAUGGAUCCUCGUCGAUUCUACCCCAGCCAGCUGUGUCCAGAUUGGGUUAUACCACUAUUUCGAGGACCGUGGCCCUGUUGACCUAGUGGUGUCGGGCCCGAACUACGGCCGGAAUUCAACGGCACUAUUCGCCUUGUCUAGUGGGACAAUUGGUGGUGCGAUGGAGGGAGCUGUCUGUGGAAAGCGCUCAAUUGCACUGUCGUACGCCUUUAGUUCAAGGGACCACGACCCCGUUGUGAUUGCCGAGGCAUCGCGCCAUUCGGUUCGGUUGAUCGAGUACCUUGCAAAGAAUUGGGCGGACGGUGUAGACCUUUACAGCGUCAAUGUACCGUUGGAACCUGGUGUGAGCCAGAGCAAGGUUCUCUAUACUGACAUGCUUGAUAACCGAUGGACAUCUGGUAGCUGUUUUCGGGCUGUCGAUGCCUCGGUACCGAAUGCGAAUCCCGAACUACAGGAGCACAAUGUGCGACACCAGAAUCAGAAAGCAGGGGAAGAAUUAUCUGCGAAUGCCAAUGGAAUUACCUCGAGAAGAUCUCGGAUUCAACACAAACAUUUCCAAUGGGCACCGAAUUUCUCAGAUGUAUAUAGGAGUGUGGAGGAAAGCGCACCAGGCAAUGAUGGCUGGGUCGUCAAGGAAGGAAUGACAAGUGUCACGCCUCUGAGAGCCAACUUUAUGCACCAAUCCGGUAUUCAAGGAGAGAUCAAGCUACCGGAUAAUGAUGAGCCUACGUUAUACUCCAUUGUGGACAGUGAUGUUCCCUACGUUCAGGAUUUGAUGCAACAGGCCCUGCAACGUCGCCUUGGCCAGGGUCGCUAUAAGACGAUCUCUUCACUAUCAGACCUUCCAUCCCGUUCUGCGCCUCUUUUCCAGUACCGUGAAUACGAACGACUCGACUUCGAACACGUCAUGCUACAUUCAUCUACAUCUUUGGCAAAUGCCUACAUUAUCCGCAAGGCAUUGAUUCGCAAACAUUACCUGUCUAACACAAUCUCCAACUGGGUGACGAAACACCCAGAUAGCAUUUUAGGAAAGCAUUUCAAAUUUGCAUUCGAUUUCGAGCUGGACUACGCGGAGUUCCUCGACGACGCGUUGUUGGAAGCCUACGAACUACGGGAAAGUUUGCAAAAGAAUGAGGAAAGGCCUGAUAAUGAAAAGGAGUGGUGGAUCCUGAAACCCGGAAUGAGUGAUCGGGGGCAAGGAAUUCGACUCUUCAGCAGCGAAGAUCAACUGCGCGAAAUAUUUGAGGAAUGGGAAGUCGACGAAUCUGAUAUAGAAAGUGGAUCGGAGCGAGCAGAAGAAGAGGAUGACGACGAGGGCGAGAAUGGAACAGGGGUGGUCACCUCCCAACUACGCCAUUUCAUUGCGCAGCCAUAUAUCGAUCCACCUCUCCUCCUCCCAUCAUCAUCUAAUCGCAAGUUUCAUAUCCGUACCUAUGUCCUCGCAGUGGGUUCUUUGAAAGUGUACGUCUUCAAGGAAAUGUUGGCUCUGUUUGCUGCAAAGCCAUAUUGUCCACCUUCGGAGGAUGAAGACGAGGUCACAGAUCUGGCGAGGCAUCUUACGAAUACCUGCUUCCAAGAAGGUGGAAGCGCCAACGAAGGAACCGUCCGGAGAUUUUGGAAAUUAGACCCCCACGUCCCUGGUCUUAGCCCCGAUUGGAAGGAGAAGGUCUUUGACCAAAUCUGUGCUGUGAGUGGUGAAGCUUUUGAAGCUGCUGCCCGAGGCAUGAUGGUCCAUUUCCAGACGCUCCCUAACGCGUUCGAGCUUUUCGGGGUGGACUUCCUGGUCGAUUCAGACGGCACCGCUUGGUUGCUCGAGAUGAACGCCUAUCCGGACUUUGCCCAGACGGGUGAAGAACUCAAGGAGGAGGUGGUUGGCCGUCUCUUUGAAGAGACUGUUGAGGUUGCCGUGAAGCCGUUCUUCGGUGGCGAGGCGCCAGUGAAUGGAACUGACCACUUGAGGCUAGUUGCCGACCUUGAUUUGGGUAGGAAGGCCUAG